UAGCUCAAGAGAACCCCAGGCGAGUGCGGAUCUACAAAGUUUGUCCGCUCUGGGGCACCGUAGUGACUUUCUGCCUGGCCCGGCGGGCUGGGCUCGCCUGGGCUGGGCUACGCGGCUGGAGCCGGGUUCAGCCCAGAGCGAGACCCUGAUGGCUGCGGUGUUUCUGGUAACCCUCUAUGAAUACUCGCCGCUUUUUUACAUCGCGGUGGUAUUUACCUGCUUCAUCGUGACCACCGGCCUGGUACUGGGAUGGUUUGGUUGGGAUGUUCCAGUAAUUCUGAGAAAUUCAGAAGAGACCCACUUCAGCACAAGAGUUUUCAAAAAGCAAAUGAGACAAGUCAAGAAUCCUUUUGGCUUAGAGAUCACUAAUCCAGCUUCAGCUUCAAUUACAACUGGCAUAACAUUGACAACAGAUUGCCUUGAAGAUAGCCUCCUUACAUGCUACUGGGGCUGCAGUGUUCAAAAAUUAUAUGAAGCUCUGCAGAAGCAUGUUUAUUGCUUCAGAAUAAGCACUCCCCAAGCGUUAGAAGAUGCUCUGUAUAGUGAAUAUCUCUAUCAGGAACAGUAUUUUAUUAAAAAGGAUAGCAAAGAAGAAAUAUAUUGCCAGUUACCAAGAGAUACUAAAAUUGAAGACUUUGGUACAGUGCCUAGAUCUCACUAUCCAUUGGUAGCGCUGUUGACCUUAGCUGAUGAGGAUGACCGAGAAAUUUAUGAUAUUAUUUCCAUGGUGUCAGUAAUUCAUAUUCCUGAUAGGACUUAUAAACUAUCCUGCAGAAUAUUGUAUCAAUAUUUACUCUUGGCUCAAGGUCAAUUUCAUGAUCUUAAGCAACUUUUCAUGUCUGCAAAUAAUAAUUUCACUCCCUCCAACAAUUCCUCUUCAGAAGAAAAAAACACAGACAGAAGUUUGUUGGAAAAGGCAGGACUCUCUGAAAGUGAAGUUGAGCCAUCAGAGGAGAACAGCAAGGACUGUGUUGUUUGCCAGAAUGGGACUGUGAACUGGGUGCUCUUACCGUGCAGACACACAUGCCUGUGUGAUGGCUGUGUGAAGUAUUUUCAGCAGUGCCCAAUGUGCAGGCAGUUUGUUCAGGAAUCUUUUGCACUUUGCAGUCAAAAAGAGCAAGAUAAAGACAAACUGAAGACUCUUUGAAGACAUUGUAACACUGAAAAGUACACUUUCUAUUAAAGAUGCAGAAAUUUAUGAUCUUGGAACUCAUCAUAACAUGGAAUCUACAGUAUUGACCAUCAAUGAAAAUUGUAUUUUAACUUCAUAUUUCUAUGGUACAUGGAUGAUAAAAAUUAAUUAUUCCCUUCUGCUUAGUGAAUAUUGGAAUCCAUCUGUGUUGAAUCAUAAAAAUUUAUUCAACUCUUGAGAAGAAUGUAAGAGUUUGGCCUUUUAUUAGCUAGAUUUCCUAUUAUGUUAAUUAGAAAAAAUCAUUCUGAAAGGCAAUUCAUUGAAAAUUUGAGGAGAGGAAGUGAAAGUCUUAAGAUUCCUACCUUUGAUGUAAUCUGGAGUACAAUUAAGAAAAAACUGACUUCUAUUUAAAGUAAUUAAUUGUGUGUUCCCCAGUUUAUACAAAGGAGUUGGAAUGAACUGCUUUAAAUCUUUUCCUGAAAUACUAGUUUUUAUAAAUAUCCAUCUGUUUGAUUUCUAAUGUCCCUUAUCAUAGUUACAUAAAUACAAGUCAUAGUUUAUAAGUAUAGGUUCUUAAAUCAUAAAUAUAAAAUGUAAUUCUUGACUGUUUUCAGUGUAUCAUAAAAUGAUAUCUAUAGGAGGCAGAUAUAUAAAAUUUGGAUAAUAAGAUUUUUUGGGCAAUUUAUUAAAUUGAUAGUCAGUAUGAUUAGAUUAGCAGAAUGUGAUCUACCAGGGAAGAUCUGUAAAACCUUUAAUGCCUUACCUUAGAUUUCCGCCUGCACAGCAAAUCCAUCCAAAACUGGGUGGGCGUGGGCGGGCAUGUUAAAGAGCUAGAAAAAUCACUAAAAGAAACAAAUAACUAUUUUUUCUAGUGUAUUUUUAUUCCAGAUAAACCCUGUAUCUUUCUGAAUAGUAAAUUACUUUGUUCAUCCAUUGUUCUGUCUUUGUAUGAAUUGAGAAACUUGUUAGGCAAAAAGAUCCCACCCUCUUCUCUUUCCAAGAUGACUAAAAGUAAAAGAUAAAUCAGAGCUUUCCAUGUUUUCAGUUAGAAUUAUUCUUAACUCACCAAGAAAGCAGAUCAUGGCAAAUAAACUGUGAACUUCGGGGAGAUUU